UUGCCUCUGUGAUACUGCUGCUGAUCAUGGGCAUCUCAGAAGGGCCCCUCUAGAAGAUAAGAGCACAAGCUACAGUAGAGGAGGCUGAUGUAGAAAUGGAUUUCAAAACAUCGUCUGCCACAAGCCCUAAAAGAUGUUGUGAGUAGCUUGUUAAGCCGCCAAAAAUAAACAGAGAUGAGAUGGGAGUUUUGACCAUGGAGACUAUAUCUUUUGAUUCUUCCACCACGGUUAAUACCAAUGUGAACACCACCAAUGUGAAUUCCACUGCCAGGAGAUUUUUUGCCGCUAAGAGAUCAGCUUCGCACCACUUGGACUUUCAUGGAACCGAUCUGCACAUGUUGCAGCAGGCAGGAUGGAUGGGACGGAUGCACCGAGGGCUUUACAGAGGGACACAGUUCAGACACAGUACUGGAGACCUGGGCUCUAUAAAUGUAAGCUGGCCUGUCAAAUUCCACGAGGUCCAUGGUGACAAUGUGAUCCUGUUAAAUGACAAUACACUAGCCAAGCGAGGAGACAGUUUCUGCAAAGCCAUUUGUUUCAGUAGCCGUCCAAUUGCCAUUAAUGAAAAAGUCUACAUCCGCUUCGCGGAGACCUCCAGUAGCUGGAGUGGUGUUUUGCGAUUUGGAUUUACAAAUAUUGACCCCGCCACAGUGCGGGGAUCUGACCUUCCUCGAUAUGCAUGUCCCGAUAUGACCAACAAGCAGGGCUGCUGGGCCAAGGCUCUGGGGGAACGAUAUGCAGCCCAUAAUAACAUUCUUCAUUUCUAUGUUACGCGUACAGGGGAUGUGAUGUAUGGCAUUAAUGGGGAGGAUAUUGGACUGUUUUUCUCCGGUGUUUCCACUCUCUCCCCACUGUGGACUCUACUGGAUAUUUAUGGCAAUACCAUUGGCAUUGAAUUUGUUACCCAUGAGAGAUUGAACAAUAGUCCUUUUGGAUCUCUUGGGGCUUUACACAAUGCACUCCCUCCACCCAUACCUCAGAGGGAGACUGUAUCCUCAGGGCCAAGAACUCACUUCUCCACGUCUAGUCUAUCGAGUCUACACAGUGAGCCCAUAUCAGCUCCAGCAGCACCUUUAAUUCCAGUACGCUAUUACACAAACAUUAACUUUAGACCUAUGAGUUGGCAUGAACUGACAGGCAAAAACAUACGAGUGGUUGAUGCCAAUCGGACUAUUGCUGUGAGGGCCGAUGAUGAAUAUUGUAAUGCUUAUGUGUUUUCAUCCCGCCCCCUAAAAUGUGGUGAAAAAAUUGUGAUACAGGUACUGGGAAUAGAGAGGACGUUUAUUGGUGGACUAGCGGUGGGAUUUACAGCAUGUGAUCCUAGAGAAGUAAAUCCACAUGAUCUUCCCGAUGAUUCUGACAUGUUGUUGGAUCGGAAAGAAUACUGGGUGGUUAAUAAGGAUGUCUGCCGGACACCGGAAGUCGGGGACGAAUUGUGCUUUCAUUUAACUUUAAAUGGUGAAGUUCGUUACUCAAAGAACAACACAAAGGUCGCUACCCUGAUGCAUGUAGACAAGACUCUUCCCCUCUGGUUGUUUUUCGAUGUUUAUGGAAACAUUCAAAAGAUCCGGAGCAUUGGGGUGACAACACAUGUACCCCCAAUCCCGCCUCGACCGAGGUCCACUCCAUUUAUGACCCAGACCAGCAUGCCACAACUGACGGUGACUCUCCCUCCCCGAGAUCCCAACACCACACAGGUACCAGUCAGUACCACCACCCCAGCAUCUUCUGGAUCCAUCCCUCAUCAUUCAGGUCCACCUAGUCACAGUAUGAUGAGAAGCUACAGUGUUCCAAGUGGUGUCACAUCUGAACCAAUGUCACCACAACAAAAAAUAGGUCACAUCAAGUCACUUCCCACCUCACCAGAGACAACUAUGGACUCUUGUGCUGAAACAGAGGCUAGCGAGUGUACUGUUUGCUAUGAGCGGGCUGUUAAUGCAGUGCUGUAUACUUGUGGACACAUGUGCAUGUGCUUCGAGUGUGCAAUAGUUGUGAAAAACCAUAAAAGUGCACUGUGUCCUAUAUGUAGACAAGAAAUUAAAGAUGUUAUUAGAAUUUACAAAACAUGAGACUUGUCACGCAUCACAUAGAUUUUUACGGUAUUGCUGAAUAUAUGCUGUAUUUUUAGAAGUUAAAAUAUAAAAGAUUAUAUAUUUUGUCUCAAUGGAGAAAUAUGCAUAUUAAUUACAGUUCAUCAGCUGUUUCUCUUUGACAGUGGUGCUUCUUGCAGAGCAAGAUUAUGCCCUCUCAGGCCAAUACUUGACCAGGAUUUGGUACAAAGCAUUCUAGUGCUAACUACAUACAUUUGAUUACUUCUGUUAUGUUUUAGGGUGUUUUAAUUAACUGUGCAAUAACCAGGGUGAAUUUGAUUGGUUAAGGUUCAGUGUUGUGCUAUAUUUUAUAUGGCCUCGGCUCUGUUAAUAUUUGAGGUUUGAGAAUUAUACUACUUGUGUUUAAUUUGACUUGAUGAGAUGCAGCCAUUUUUCAUUGUUGAUUUGUAACAGUUUUCACAGUUAUAAGCAUAUCUAUCAUGUAGAAGAAUGUCUGAAAAAUUGUUACAAGUUUUUAUGUUUAGCAUUAGAUUGAAUUUUAUUUCUUCGAUUUUCACUUUGUAGUACCCAAAACUAUUACCCGGUACAUAUGGCACAUAGAUAGAACUGAUAAUUACCUCAAGCAACAUCAUACAAAAUGUGACUGGUAGUAUACAUGUUCUUGUAAAAUGAGUAAAAUCAUUCAUACAUUAUUUAUUUCAAAGAAUAAAGCUUAUUGUGAUAUUGUUCUAUUCUGGAAUUUGAUUGUUUUAGUUCAAGGGUUUUGAUAACAUAGAGUGACAGUCUGGAAGGAAAAUCAUGCACUUGUGUAUUCAUUUAUUUUUCUCGAACACAGUACAUCUUUACUCUGAAGCUAAUUCUUUAUUCCCAAUUUUACUCAAGCUUUUGUUAAACUGUACAUUAUGAUUUCACAAUCAUUGAAGCCACCGACUGUAGUUCAGUCACACGUGAAAGUCAUUUCUGAUCAUAUUUUCCCAUUACUGCGAAGAAUAUGAUAGAAAGCUGCUCAAACUGUUGAUUUUUUAUUGUUAAAUGAACUAGUAGUGCUAAAAUAAUCUAAGAUGGGAUGAACCUCUGCUAACUCAACCAGAAUUUUUAUGUAAUUUCACAAUUUUUAACACAAGAUGGAGAUUAAAAUGAAAUUGAAGCAAAUCUGAUAGAAUUUUGACGUAGAGUAAAACUUACAAAGGAAAUGUUUUUGAGUUAUCUCUCUUUGUAAAGAUUAUCCUCUCUUAAGGUCAUGAAAAGUACAUGCGCAGCAUUGCUAUGUCCUAAACUUAGUGUUUAUUAAAGUAAAAUUAAUGUGUUCUCAGGUAGCGAUGAGUGUAACAAAAAUUGAUUGAACAACUUGAAUGAAUCUUCUUUAAUCAAUGUGCAUUGCAGAAUCUUUUCAACAAAUUUAACAUUUUGAAAAAGGCAACCUCGCUUGUUUCAUUUAAUUUUUUUUUUUAUUUGAGGUUGUCUCCCUUUGACUGUGAUAUGAUUUAGUGAGAAAGCAAUUUUCUGAUGUACAAUCUCACACAGUAUAGAUCUAAUUUCAGUCCACUCUGUUACUUGUUUUUUAAUACUGUCACUAAAUCAUGGUAUCUGGAAGCUAGAUUUUGCACCCAUUCCCAUGUUUUUUAACUGUUGCAAUAUUUUAUUAAUUCAUCCUGUACUUUCUUGAUGAUAAACUUUUGAUAUCACGAGACUGAUACAACAGUGCUGAUUUUAUUGUACAUUUAUUCAUUUUAUCAUAAUCUUUCAGAUAAUUUUUUAAAAUUCUUUUUUGUAUUAUUAUUAUUUUUUGUUUUUGGAAAAAAGAUAGAAAAAUGCAUUAUACAUGUAUUUUAUAAAUAUUUUUGUUUUAUAGAGUCAGGCUGUCCAGUAGCCCUAAAAUUCUGAAAUUAAAAAAAAAAAGGAAACCUAGUAUUUUUUAGUUUUGCUCAAAUUUCUUUAAAAAAAUGUUGAAAUCAAGGGGAAAUCCUUAAAAGGCUCUAAUUUUUCCUGUCACCUCUUUUUUAAAAAAGUAUAUUUCUAUGCUUGCAAUUUUGAAAACACAUUUAUUCAUAAUGUGUCCUAAUGUAGUUUGCAGUUCUUUUUCAGAUUAUUCAGUAAAAGACAUUUGACUAAUGUCAAGACACCCUUCCUGUACUUUAAAAAAAUUGUGAGUUUACUUAUGGUCAAAUUUGUGAAGGUAAAUGCAUUUCAAUGUUUAAAACCGCACUUAAAUUCCUAAUGUUAGCCCUAAAUUAACCCUAAAAUUUCUAUUAAAAAAAAAAAAAAUGGAAAUUCGCCCAAAUUUUUUGUCAAAGAGUGCUGGACAGCCUGUAGUGAUUUAUAAAAGUUAAAACAACUUCCAGUCCAUUAUUUCAUAUUUUAGAACUGCUUUCUUUUCAUUGAUUCAUUAUGUAUGGGAUUGUGUUCAGGUUAGUUGUAAGUGUACAGUGAUUACACAAACCAUAGCAUUUUACGUAUUGAUUUAAAUAUUGAAUGUUUGAAGCAUUGUUUUAAUUCACUUGAUUUCCAUUUGUGUUGCCAUAGAAACAUGUAAAUAUAUUUUAUAGAGUGCUGUUACCCAUUUGUCAGUAAAUCUAAGGUAGUGGUUUUUCACCUGACUCAAUGUACCAAAAUAAACAUGGUUACUCCUUAGAA